AUGUCUUCUCGACCCGUCAAGAUUCUCAUAGCCAAUCGAUCUGAGAUUGCAUGUCGCCUUAUCAGGACCUACUCGCUCUACUCGAACAUCCACACUGUAGCUCUAUUCACUCCUUCUGAGAAGGAUGCGACACACGUGCGCCUUGCAACUACAGCAGUGCAGCUACCGCGAGAAGGUCCAGGUGCAUAUCUGGACGCGGCUAAUAUCGUCGAUAUUGCGAAGAAAGAAGGAUGCUGGGGUAUCGCACCGGGCUAUGGUUUCUUGUCCGAAGAUGCAGGUUUGGUGAGGCUAUGCGAGGAGAACGGCAUUGUAUUCAUCGGACCAUCGAGCGAGCAGUUGGCACACCUUGGAGACAAGAUCAGCGCGAGGACCUUGGCGGCAAAUGCACGUAUACCCAUUCUAGAUGGCACGAAAACCCGAGUUGAUGGGGGUUCUUCCAUCACGGAUGUACUGGCAUUCGGAAAGAGCCUGGGCCCAGCAAGCAAGAUCAUCCUGAAGGCUGCAGCUGGUGGUGGAGGGCGCGGUAUCCGCAUCAUUGAUGACAACACGGACGAGCAAGCCAUUCGCUCAGCUUACGAAGCUUGUCAGCGAGAGGCACAUGCGUCCUUCGGCAAUGGAAGUUUGUUCGCGGAGCGAUACCUGGACGGUGCUAAACACAUCGAAGUGCAGCUUCUGGGAGACGGUACUGGAGAAGUGUGCCAUUUCUGGGAAAGGGAAUGCUCGCUUCAGCGCAGAAACCAGAAAGUCGUGGAGAUUGCGCCCUCGAACUCCAUCACGCCACGGCUUAGGCGAGCCAUCAUUAAAGAUGCUGUGAAACUGGGCAAAGCAGUGAAGUUGCGGAGUCUCGCCACAAUCGAGUUCCUUGUCGACGCAGCAGCUGAGAACUAUUACUUCAUGGAGGCGAAUCCAAGGAUACAGGUCGAGCAUACCAUCACCGAGCAGAUUACUGGUGUUGAUUUAGUGGAUUUACAACUUCAGGUUGCCUUGGGACGAACGCUCGCAGACCUGCACAUAACCGGGGAGCCUCCGUCACCACGACUUACAUCCAUACAGCUACGGAUCAACGCUGAAAGCUUCAAGCAAGAUGGCACUGCCCAACCUGAAGCAGGGACUAUUCGACAAGCACACUUCCCUACAGGAGCAGGCGUACGAGUCGAGACGGCCCUUGAAGGCGGCCGGAAAUAUGCCGUGAGCCCUCUGUUCGACAGCCUUUUAGCGAAACUCAUUGUCACGUCGUUUUCGUAUGAGUCUGCCCUGCGGCUGGCUCGUUGGGCCAUCGACGAGACAAAGAUCGUGGGAUGCAGGACGAACCAGGCAUUCUUAAUGGCUUUACUGAAUAGCCAACCUGUGCAAGAGGGCAAGAGCAAUAUCUUGACCAUCCAAGAGAACUUUGAGCAGCUGUACAGCGCCACGCAACAGUUUGAAGACACGCUAAGGGCCAAAGAUGACAGCAGCUCUCAAGAAGAUACCUCGCAAACGGAGGUUGCAGCUAAGGUUGAGCGACCUGCAGGAUCUGAAGAGCUUCCCGCGCAUCUCACUGGGGUUGUCCUGUCCAUGAAAGUGAGCGAAGGCGACAAAGUCACAGCUGGCCAAGAAUUGGCUGUUCUUGCGGCGAUGAAGAUGGAACAUUCCGUCCGGAGCGCGUACAAUGGUGUUGUGGCGAAAGUCGCCGUUACGGAGGGACAGCAAGUAAAUGCAGGCGAUCCUCUUCUCUUCAUCAGGGCAGAUGACGACAGUUCAACCACAAAUACGCACGCUCUGGCCGAGACCGAAAACCCAGAGGUGCUGCGGCCGGAGUUGACGGAGCUGAACGAACGAAAGGCUUUUCUCCGGUAUGCGGCGCGCGACGAGGAUGUGGCCAAGCGCCAUGCAAAUGGAUACCUCACGGGCCGGGAGAAUAUCGACUUGCUGGUAGACAAAGAUUCAUUCGUUGAGUAUGGAGACCUUGUGGUUGCGGCACAAAGGAAAAGAUACCCGAUGUCCCAUCUCAUCGCUCGAACAAGUGGAGAUGGUAUCAUCGUGGGCUGGGCGAAGAUAGACGCUCACCCAGUCGCAGUUGUCAUUGGUGAUUACCUGGUCCUUGCCGGCACGCAAGGAUACUUUCACCAUCAGAAGUUAGACCGCAUCUUCCAAUCGAUCAUUGACCAUCCUGCGCCACUGGUUUUCUACGCUGAAGGAGGUGGUGGGAGACCGGGUGACACCGACCACUUGGGUAUGGCGGGCUUGAAAACACCAUCGUUCGCUCUGAUGGGUCAGAUCAAGGCAAGAGGAAUACCUUCUAUUGCAGUGGUGAAUGGAUAUUGCUUUGCGGGCAACGCCGCAUUCUUGGGGACGUGCGACAUUGUCAUAGCUACGAGAGGUGGUUCCAAAGACGCGCCGCAGAGGAAGUCGACCACGAUCGGCAUGGGCGGCCAAGCAAUGAUCGAGGGCGGUGGACUUGGCCGGUUUGAGCACGAACAUAUCGGUCCUGUCGAUGUCCAUAUGCGCGCGGGUGGCAUCGAUGUACUUGUGGACACUGAGGUCGAAGCUGCGCCGCUGGUCCGCAAGAUCGUCAAUCUGUUCACACAUCCGCGGCUGCCACCAUCCGAGAGUCGUUACACAUCAGACCCUCUUCGCCUUCGCACCGCAGUGCCGCCAGUGUCGUCCCGUCGAAGAGCAUAUGAUGUUCGUCAUGUGAUCAACCUCCUCCUUGACGACGACAGCUUCAUCGAGUUCUGCCCCGAGUGGGGUCUCUCUGUGAUCACAGGCUUUGGCCGCAUCAACGGCCACGCAAUUGCAAUCGUGGCUUCCAACUCUUCAUCUCCCCUCGGCGGCGCAAUCGAUGUCGCAUGCGGCGCAAAAGUCAAUCGCCUUUUCCGCCUCCUCAUCCGUCUCGGCGGUAUGCACCUCCUCAGCCUCUGUGACACCCCUGGAUUCAUGGUCGGCCCGGAUUUCGAACGAUCGGUCGAAGCUCAAGGUGCCGGAAGCACAUACCGCUGCUUCGGUGACUGGUUCGGCAACUCUCAAGAAUUCGCCCUUCUCGGUGGUCGCGUCCUGGGAGUCGUGCUGCGAAAUGGUUUUGGUCUAGGCGCACAAGCGAUGCUCGGUGGUGGAAGUUUGAACAACAGCAUGUGCGUGGCGUGGCCGAAUGCCGUCUUUGGAGGUAUGGGCAUCGAAGGCGCAGUCAGGCUUGCGUACAAGAAAGAAUUGGAAGCUAUCGAAGAUCUUGAAAAGAGGAAGAAAGAGGAGCAGGACAUGAUCGACGUCAUGUACAGCGAAGGGAAGGCGAUCAAUAUGGCUAUGGCGGCUGAGAUUGAUAGUGUGAUCGAUCCGGCUACGACGAGGAAAUGGCUGGAGCAGAUGAUCGAAGUGUUACCAGAGCGGGUGCCGAGGUUUGUCAAGGGAAGAGGACGUGCGAAGAUUUGA